AUGGUUAUAUGUGAAAUCCCUAUUUCACCCCUAAGCUUAAUUACACCCAAUUUCAAGGGAGUCGACCCUCCAAAACAUCCAACCCACUUCUACCUCGACAAAACGGAAAUCUUCACUUCACUUCUCUCCGCCUGUCACCGGCAAUCUUCCAAGUCAAUUCAGGUCAUUGGCUUCAUUUUGUACAAAUACACACAUGAUCUAACAUACAAAGAUUUUCCAUUUUCUCCCUCAAAUUCAUCUCCCCUCGUAGAAUGGUUAGGAACACUACCCGAUGUUGUCACAUACAACACAUUAGUCUCUGCAUAUUGUCAUUUUGUUGAUCUUGAUUCUGGAUACUUAAUCCUAAAUAGAAUGAAAGAAGCCAAAAUACACCCAAAUGUAAUAACUUACAAUUCUUUACUUUCGGGUGCUUCAAAACAUUCAUUACAUUCAAAAUGCAUAGAAUUAUUCAACGAAAUGGGAACAAUGGGAAUUCAACCCGAUGUUUGGAGUUACAACAUUCUAAUACAAUGCUACUUUAGAUUAGGAAAACCAGAAGAAGCCAACAUGAUAUUCCAUAGUUUCAAAUCCCAAAACCUUUCCCCUUGUUCAACCACAUUCAACACAAUGUUCAACGGUUUCUUCAAAACCGGAUACACACACCACGCGUUAUCCCUAUUCCGGAGUUCACAACGGAAUGGAAUCUUCACUCCGGAGUUACUCACAUACAACAUAUUAAUCAAUGGAUUAUGUAAAUCCGGAUGGAUACGUGCAGCAAGAAUGAUCCUCAAAGAGCUUAAAGAAUCCGGACUUAAACCCAAUGCAAUCACCUACACUACAAUAAUGAAACACUGCUUCAAAUCAAGAAAAUUCCAAGAAGGAAUUGAAGUAUUCAAUGAAAUGAAAAACAACGGAUACACAUACGAUGCUUUCUCUUAUUCCACACUCAGUAGUGCUUUUGCUAAAAAGGGUAGAUUAGAAGAAGCAUAUAGAAUCUUUAAGUUAAUGACCGAAAAGGGUAUCGAAAAAGAUCUUGUGUCAUACAAUAUUUUGGUUAACAUGUAUUGCAUAGAGGGAAAGAUAGAUAAAGCUAAUGACUUGUUGUCUGAAAUUCAAGAAUUUGGAUUACAAUGUGACCAAUAUACCCAUACUACGUUUCUUGAUGGGCUUUGUAGAUCAGGGGAAAUCGAUAGAGCUUUGGAUUACUUAAAAUAUAUGGAUACAUUAGGGUUUGAUUCGAAUUUAGUUGCGUAUAAUUGUAUGGUGGAUAGGUUAUGUAAAGUGGGGUGUAGUAAUGAUGCUUUGAGGAUUUUUGAAAGAAUGGAGGUUAAAGAUUGUAUAACUUAUACUUCCAUGGUGCAUAAUCUUUGUAAAGAAAGGAAAUUUUUAACUGCUUCAAAGGUUUUGUUGGCUUGUUUGAAUAGAGGAAUGAAGUUGUUUGAGGUAUUUAUUCCAUUGAGUGGCUGGCUAGGUGGUGGGCCCACAAAGAGCAUUAAAAGUCCAACACUGUAUUCUGCUGAGACUCGAACCCUUGACCAUUUUUGCAACGUCACCUUCCGACUAAUUUGCCUUCACCUCCUUUCCUUCUCCCGUUCACGUUCGUUCCCGGUAAUCUCUCCAAUCAAAUCAGUUUUCUCAAGAAGGUUUUCUCUUUCAGACAUUUUCCCUAAAAUACCCUCAAAUAUCCAUCUCAAAUUUCUCUCCAGUAGCAUAAAUCCAAGAACACUUCCAUGGGAAGGAUCUUCCCAUGACAUUCUACUCAAAAACCUUGAAACUUUUGUAAAAAACCAUCAAGUAAAUGAAGCAUGGGAAGCUUACACAGAUUUCAAAAAACUUCACGGUUUACCAGACACCCGUUUACUAACCAAAUUCAUAACCGAAUUAUCCUACUCAAAUGAACCCAAAUGGCUUCAAAGAGCAUGCGAUAUAACCCUUUCUCUCUCCAAAGAAAAGUUAAACUUGCUUCACAUUGACCACCUUCACAACCUCUCACUCUCCUUAGCAAGAGCACAAAUGCCAAUUCCUGCAUCCAAGAUUCUUAGAACAAUAAUUGAGAAAAAUAUCAUUCCAUCAAACAACUUAUUAGGGUCAAUCACUCUUCAUUUGGUCAAAAAAGAAAUCGCUCAUCAAAUCAUAGAGUUAAUGGCACAAGUGGGAGUAGUAGGUGAUGCGUAUACCAUCAUAACUAUUGCAAGAAUCCAUGUGAUUAAUGGUCAAAGAGAUGAGUUAAAGAAAUUCAAAGAUUGUGUUGAUGAGGUGGCGGGUUUUUUGGGUCAUCAUUAUUUUCAAUUUUAUGAUAGUCUUAUGAGUUUACAUUUCAAGUUUAAUGACAUUGAUUCGGCUUCUGAACUCAUAUUGGACAUGAUAAGUCGCAAAAAAGUUAUUCCCUAUUUAACAGAAAAGAAGCCUUUUGUUAUCCCAAUUGGAUCUCAGAAUCUUAAAAUGGGAUUAAAACUACGGGUUUUACCUCAUUUGGUAGAUGAAAAUCUAAUGAAACAAGAAAGAAACGAGGGGCUUGUUAUGUAUAGAAGUGGAAAGUUUGUUAUUUCCAAUAAUGCCCUUGGAAAGCUCAUUGUAGGGUAUAAGCAACAAGGGAGGAUUAGUGAGUUAUCGAAUCUUUUAUGGCGAAUACAAAAGGAAAAUGUUUUAUUAGAAAUGAAAGAUUUGAUUUCUAAUGUUGUUGAAGCGUGUAUUCAUGUGGGGUGGCUUGAAAUUGCUCAUGACAUUUUAGAUGAUAUUGAACGAAAAGGCAACGUUAUUUUCUCUAAUUCAUAUGCAUUGUUAUUAAAAGCUUAUUGUGAAAGUAACAAGCAUAGGGAAGCCGAAGGGCUUUUGAAACAAGUCAAGAGACUCGGUAUAAUAUUAUCUGAUAAAAGUACAAGGGUCCCACAAAUAUCUGAGGCCUCCCUUAUGGAUUCUCACAUUUUUACUGCUAGUAGAAGAUCGGAUUUGGCUAAAUGUAUAGUUCAAGAAACAAAAGAAGGGGAAAAAGAUUGUUCGAUUUACAAAUUCAAUUCCUCGAUUUACUUCUUCACAAAGGCUAAAAUGAUUGAAGAUGCUUUGAAAACAUAUAAAAGUAUGCAAGAAAAGAAAGUGUAUCCUAAUGUGGCAACAUAUAUAUACAUGGUGAUGGGGUAUUCUUCUUUAGAAAUGUAUCGUGAGAUUACUAUUUUAUGGGGUGACAUAAAGAGGAGUUGUGAUGAUGGAAAUGUGACGAUUAAUAGAGAUUUGUAUGAGGUUUUGGUUUUGAAUUUUUUAAAAGGAGGUUAUUUUGAGAGGGUGAUGGAGGUCAUUGGGUGUAUGAAGAGGCAUGGUAUGUAUCUUGAUAAGUGGUUGUAUAGAAGUGAGUUUUUGAAAUUGCAUAAGGGUCUUUAUAGAAGAAUGAAACUAUCGGAUGCUAGAUCUGAGGCUCAAGGAAAAAGGCUUGGACAUGUGAAGGCUUUUAGAAAGUGGGUUGGCAUUGAUUGA